UCAGCCUCGAACAUGAGCUCAGCUCCGUGUGUGCGGACCCGCGGCGACACGGAUGGUUCUCCCGCCAACUCCUCAGCUCGCUGCUGACUGAAACUGCUCUCGUUUAGGCACAAAACCUGCGUCCUGGUCCCGACCCCGACCCCGGGUUUGUUUCUCUUUUUCUCCGUUGUGGAUGCACCAUGAAAUCCCGCUGGUGGAGUUGUGGCGUCGGGCUGGCCGCGGCGUGGACGUGGGUUUGGAGCCCGGCACUGCUCGGAGUGUGGAGCAUCCCGGCGAACGAAGUGAACCUGCUGGACUCUCGCUCCGUCAUGGUGGACCUGGGAUGGGUGGCGUACCCCAAGAACGGGUGGGAGGAGAUCGGUGAAGUGGACGAGAACUACGCCCCCAUCCACACCUACCAGGUGUGUCGGGUCAUGGAGCAGAACCAGAACAACUGGCUCCACACCAACUGGAUCCUGACGGAGGGCGCGCAGCGAGUCUUCAUCGAGCUCAAGUUCACGCUGAGAGACUGCAACAGUCUGCCGGGCGGAGUGGGCACCUGCAAGGAGACGUUCAACAUGUACUACUACGAGACGGACGGAGAUGAGGACGAACCCGAGGGCGGCGAGAUGAGCCAUGGUACGGCCAUGACGGAGGAGGAGGAGAGGGCGAUGAAGGAGAGCAGGUACAUCAAGAUCGACACCAUAGCCGCCGACGAGAGCUUCACGGAGCUGGACCUGGGCGACCGGGUCAUGAAGCUCAACACCGAAGUCCGAGACUUGGGUCCGUUGACGCGUAAAGGCUUCUACCUGGCGUUCCAGGACCUGGGGGCCUGCAUCGCCUUGGUGUCGGUGCGGGUGUUCUACAAACGCUGCCCUUUCCUGGUCAAGAGUCUGGCGGAGUUCCCGGACACCAUCCCGGGCUCCGAGGCCUCUCAGCUGGUGGAGGUGGUCGGGCGCUGCGUCAACGACUCCCUGCCGUUGUACGAGCCUCCCAGGAUGCACUGCAGCACGGAGGGCGAAUGGCUGGUGCCCAUCGGGAAGUGUGUCUGUCAGCCGGGCUUUGAGGAAGUCGGUGGGUUCUGCCAAACCUGUAAGGUGGGCUUUUACCGUUCGCUGCUGGAGUCUCUGAGCUGCAGUAAAUGCCCCCCCCACAGUGUGGCCAGACAGAACGGCGCCACCUCCUGCAGCUGUGAGGAUGGGUACUACAAGAUCGACUCCGAUCCAACCAAUAUGGCCUGCACACGCCCCCCCUCUGCUCCACGUAACGCCAUCUCCAACGUCAACGAGACCAGUGUCUUCCUGGAGUGGUCCGUUCCCAUGGAACUGGGCGGCAGGAAGGACGUGAGGUACAACAUCCUGUGCAGGAGGGUCCUGCCGGGCGGCCGGGGGUUGGAGGAGUGCGGCCCCAACGUACGUUUUCUGCCGCGCCGCGUCAACCUGUCCAACACUUCACUGAUGGUGGCCGAUCUGCAGUCGCACACCAACUACAGCUUCCUGCUGGAGGCCGUCAACGGGGUGUCGGAGCAGGCCAAGGACCACAGCAGGCAGUACGUGUCGCUCAACGUGACGACCAAUCAGGCAGCUCCAUCUCCGGUCAGCGUGGUGAGGAAAGGUCACACAGAGAAGAACAGCAUCGCCCUGUCGUGGGCGGAGCCUGAUCGUCCCAACGGCAUCAUCCUGGAGUACGAGAUCAAGUAUUUUGAAAAGCAGGACUCCAGUUACACCAUAAUGAAGUCAAAGGAGACAGAGAUGGUGGUGGAGGGUUUGAAACCCUCCUCAGUUUACAUCUUUCAGGUACGAGCCAGGACCUACGCGGGCUACGGCGCUUUCAGUGGGGGGGUGUAUUUCCCCGGGGUUCGUACCUACAUCGACCCCCUCACCUACGAAGAUCCCAACCAGGCGGUGCAUGAAUUUGCCCAAGAGAUCGACGUCUCCUUCAUCUCCAUCGAGAGGAUCAUCGGAGCCGGGGAGUUUGGAGAGGUGUGCAGCGGACCGCUGAGGCUGCCUGGGAAGAGAGAGAUCCAGGUCGCCAUCAAGACCCUGAAGGCGGGCUACACGGAGCAGCAGCGGCGCGACUUCCUGUGGGAGGCGUCGAUCAUGGGCCAGUUUAACCAUCCGAACAUAAUCCGUCUGGAGGGCGUGGUCACCAAGAGUAAACCAGUGAUGAUCAUCACUGAGUACAUGGAGAACGGUUCACUGGACACCUUCCUCAAGAAGAACGACGGUCAGUUCACGGUCAUUCAGCUGGUGGGAAUGCUGCGAGGCAUCGCUUCUGGAAUGAGGUACCUGUCCGACAUGGGCUACGUCCACCGUGAUUUGGCAGCUCGUAACAUCCUGGUCAACAGUAACCUGGUCUGUAAGGUCUCCGAUUUUGGUCUGUCCCGGGUCCUGGAGGACGACCCGGAAGGUGCCUACACCACACGGGGCGGGAAGAUUCCCAUCCGCUGGACCGCUCCAGAGGCGAUCGCGUACCGAAAAUUCACCUCAGCCAGCGACGUGUGGAGUUAUGGGAUAGUGAUGUGGGAGGUGAUGUCGUACGGAGAGCGCCCCUACUGGGAGAUGUCCAACCAGGACGUGAUCAAGGCCAUAGAGGAGAGCUACAGACUGCCUGGUCCCAUGGACUGCCCCGAGGCUCUUUACCACCUCAUGAUGGACUGUUGGCAGAGAGAUCGCAGCAGUCGACCCAAGUUUGACCAGAUCGUCUGUCUGCUGGACAAACUCAUCCGUAAUCCCAGCUCCUUAAAAGACCUGGUCAAUUCUUCACACAGGGUUUCCAACCUCCUGGUGGAACAUGCCACCGUCCAGGGGGAGUGCAGCUCUGUGAGCAGCACGGUGGCAGAGUGGCUGGACUCCAUCAAGAUGGGUCGCUACACCGAGCUCUUCAUGGAAGGAGGUUACUCCUCAUUGGACACCGUGGCUCACAUGACGUCAGAGGAUUUGCGUAAAGUUGGCGUCAGUUUGGCCGGACAUCAGAAGAAAAUCAUCACGAGCGUCCAGGAGAUGAGGGUGAAGAUGAACACCACCUCUACUGUCAACAUGUGACAUGUACACACACACACUCACACAC